AUGUCGGUCUGCUACCGCCCCCCAGGGAACGAGACGCUGCUGAGCUGGACAGCCUCGCGGGCCACGGGCACAGCCUUCCUGCUGCUGGCCGCGCUGCUGGGGCUGCCGGGCAACGGCUUCGUGGUGUGGAGCCUGGCGGGCUGGCGGCCGGCGCGCGGAAGGCCUCUGGCGGCCACGCUCGUGCUGCACCUGGCGCUGGCCGACGGCGCGGUGCUGCUGCUCACGCCGCUCUUCGUGGCCUUCCUGCUGCGGCAGGCGUGGCCGCUGGGCUUGGCGGGCUGCAAGGCGGUGUACUACGUGUGCGCGCUCAGCAUGUACGCCAGCGUGCUGCUCACCAGCCUGCUGAGCCUGCAGCGCUGCCUGGCCGUCACCCGGCCCUUCCUGGCGUCGCGGCAGCGCAGCCCGGCCGUGGCGCGCGGACUGCUGCUGGCCGUCUGGCUGGCCGCGCUGCUGCUCGCCGCGCCCGCCGCCGUCUACCGCCACGUGUCGGGCGACGGCGUGUGCCAGCUGUGCCACCCGUCGGCGGUGCACGCGGCCGUGCACCUGAGCCUCGAGACCCUCACGGCCUUCGUGCUGCCCUUCAGCCUGGUGCUCGGCUGCUACGGCGUGACGCUGGCGCGGCUGCGGGGCGCGCGCUGGGCGGCCGGGCGCCAGGGCACGCGGGUGGGCCGCCUGGUGAGCGCCAUCGUGCUGGCCUUCGGCCUGCUCUGGUGCCCCUACCACGCUGUCAACGUCGUGCAGGCCAUCGCCGCUCUGGCGCCCCAGGAAGGGGCCUUGGCGCGGCUGGGCGGGGCGGGCCAGGCGGCUCGCGCGGGAACCACGGCCUUGGCCUUCUUCAGCUCCAGCGUCAACCCAGUGCUCUACGUCUUCUCGGCGGGGGACCUGCUGCCCCGGGCCGGCCCCCGCUUCCUCACCAGAAUCUUUGAGGGGUCCGGGGAGGCCCGAGGGGGCGGCCGCUCUAGGGAGGGCACCAUGGAGCUCCGAGCCACGCCCAAGCUGAAAGUGGUGGGCCAGGGCCAGGGCAAUGGAGACCCCGGGGGCGGGGCGGAGAAGGACCUUCGGGGAUGGGGACCCUGA